AUGGAGUGGAUGGGAAAGGAAGCCUUGCUCCACCAGGGCCGACCCCCAGGAGACCUCAGUGGCAGUUCCCUCGCGGGCACCAUCCGGAUAAAGAGGGAGAAGGAGGUCAGACGGGCGGGGCCGGGGCAGAAGCCCCAUGCACGACCCCGAUCGGGCCCCCAGUCCCUGCGGCCCGAUCUGCUGGCCCUGGUGUCCCCUCUGGCGGGGCUGGGACAGAUGCGAGAGCCAACCCCGGAUUUGGCGCCGCGGGCCCGCCGGCCUUCGCCCCAUGUCACGGGUGGGCAAACGGAGGUGCAGCGGCUCCUGCCAGAUGAAGCCAGGGUCCCAAGUCCCCAAGCGGGACUCAAGGUCCCCUCUGAGGCCUCCUCUCACCGCCCAAUGCCCCACCCACGGAUUCAAAUGCCUCCCAUGAAUGCCCCCAACCGCCGGCCCUUCUGGUUUGCAUCACCGUGGCACGCAUCCCCACCUCGUCCCCUCUCCAUCAGCUCCCCGGCGUCAGCCUCCAGAGGCCGCGGGGCAAGACUAGGGGAAACUCAGAUCCCCAGUCUGGCUUUUGCUCUCCCUCAAUUCCGGGUCCGCACGUACCUGGCUGCGCCCGCGCCGCUGGCCUGCGCUCCUCCGGCCCGGCCCACCUGGGGCUCCGGCAACCUGAGUUUGCGCAACUUCCGGCGGCUGCGGGCAAGUGAACCCGCCGGUCCAGGUAUUACCCGAAAAGGGAAGGAAUUCCCAGAGGGUAGUGACUGUCACCUCUUCCAGCCCAAGUCCUAUAACUCACUUCAGCUGGGCCAGCACCAGGGUGUAGGGCAUGAGGAGGCCGGCAAACCGAUUGCCAUUUAUGAACUCCUUUUUAAGGAGGGAGUCAUGGUGGCCAAGAAGGAUGUCCACAUGCCUAAGCACCCGGAACUGGCAGACAAGAAUGUGCCCAACCUUCAUGUCAUGAAGGCCAUGCAGUCUCUCACGUCCUGAGGCUACGUGAAGGAAGAGUUUGCCUGGAGACAUUUCUACUGGUACCUUACCAAUAAGGGUAUCCAGUAUCUCCAUGAUUACCUUCAUCUGCCCCCAGAGAUUGUUCCUGCCACCCUACGCCGCAGCCGUCCAGAGACUGGCAGGCCUCGGCCUAAAGGUCUGGAGGGUGAGCGACCUGCAAGACUCACAAGAGAGGAAGCCGACAGAGACACCUACAGACAGUGUUCUGUGCCCCCUGGUGCUGACAAGACAGCCGAAGCUGGGGCUGGGUCAGCAACCAAAUUCCAGUUUAGAGGCGGAUCUGGUCGUGGACGUGGUGAGCCACCUCAGUAAAAUUGGAGAGGAUUAUUUUGCAUUGAAUAAAUUUAC